AUGAAAGCUAUCCAAGUAACGAAAUAUGUCUCCGGACCUCAAGACCUUUUUGUCACUACCCUGCCCACUCCCGCGCCCCAUCCCACGAAAUAUCUGAUCAAGAUCCGCGCCUGCGGCACGAAUUUCUUUGACCUCCUCCAGAUUCAAGGCAAAUACCAGCACCAGCCACCCCUACCAUGGAUCGCGGGAAUGGAGUUCGCCGGUGUGGUGGUCGCAACACCCACCACCCGCGAAGGGUCCAAGAGCGCUUUUAAGGUGGGCGACCGAGUGUUUGGCGCCACGCACGGAGCAUAUGCUUCUCAUAUAUUGGCGGAUGAGGGAGUUUUAUUUCCUGUGCCACAGGGCUGGAGCUUUGCGGAUGCUGCUGGUCUCUAUGUGACUACUCCCACGGCUUACGGUGCGUUGGUCACGCGAGCAAAGACUCAGCCGGGCGAGUGGGUACUUGUCCACGCAGGCGCUGGCGGCGUUGGCCUGUCCGCGGUCCAGGUCGCAAAGGCUAUGGGAGCCACUGUUAUUGCCACGGCCGGUUCGGAGCGAAAGAGACAAGUUUGUUUAGACUACGGGGCGGACUAUGUUGUGGACUAUCGGGACAAGAACUGGCCGCAAAGAGUCAUCGGGCUAUGCGAACAGCAUAGGUCAGGAAACGGCAAGCAGGGCGUCGACGUCGUCUAUGAUCCUGUCGGUAUGAUUGAUCCAUCAAUGAAAUGUAUUGCAUGGAAUGGUCGGUUGCUUGUUAUCGGCUUCGCAGGCGGCACCAUUGAAAAGGUCGCCCUGAACAGAGUUCUCCUGAAAAAUAUCAGCCUUGUUGGGUUGCAUUGGGGCAUGUAUGCUACGAAAGAGAAGGAGACUGUUCCACAAGUAUGGAAAGGCAUUUUCGACCUGAUCAAUUCAGGCAAGUUGAAGGGCAUCACUUAUACGGACAAGCAUUACAAAGGACUGGAACAGGUUCCGGCAGCCUUAAUCGCUCUGGGUGCUCGAGAUACAUGGGGAAAGGUGGUUGUGGAGCUGGGCGAGAAUGAGGGCGAAGAAGGUAGAAGUAAGUUGUAA